AGUCUGCACUUCACCCUGCUGCAAACGAGGGCAGCUGUGUGUUCCUCUGGAUCAUCCACCGGUGCCGCGGCUGCAGAGCGACAGAGCUUCUCGCCCGUUCUCACCACCGUCUGAUUGCUCAGAAAUCACACAGACAGAAGAUGCUGAGGCGAAGGCCUUCCAACGCCUCGGAAAAAGACCAGGGGCAGAAGAAGAAGGUCCCCCUGCAAAGGUCGAGCAGCUUCAAGGACUUCAUGAAGCCUAAACUGGCGUCUCCUAUUACACCAGAUAAGGAGUUCACACUGGAGGAGGCUCCCGACAUGGUAGCACCAGCAGACGAAGCUGUGAAAAGUGGCAGCAAGCUCAGCAAGAAAUGGCGCAACGUCAUCUCGCGUACAAUGACCCGAAAAACCUCCAAGAUGGUGCAGAAGGCCCUGGCAGAGGAGGGGGGGGAGAGUGGCGAGGAGUACUCACUGUCUCCUGUCGCAGAUGGCCUUCCAGAUCUGAGUGCAGGACAGAGGACGUCUGUGUGUUCCUCUGGGUCAGAGGACAUCAUGCCCGGCCUCAUCACCCGCCAGCUCUCUGGCAACAGCGACAGGCAGAGUUUGGACAGCGGGUACUGUCAGAGGGACAGCAUGAGGCUGGAGGAGAGUGGCGCCUCGUACAACGGGCCUUUCUGCGGGCUGGCCCUGGUCCACACGGACUUCACUCCCAGCCCUUAUGAUGUGGAAUCAUUGAAACUCCAAAAAGGUGACAUCAUCCACAUCAUUGAGAAGCCGCCAGUGGGAACCUGGACUGGGAAGCUCAACAACAAGGUGGGCUCCUUCAAGUUCAUCUACGUCAACCUUCUGCCUGAUGACAGCCCUCCAACCAGAAGGAGGCACCGCAACAGCAAGGUCCACUCCUCUAAAUCCAAACCCAAAACCCUGGAGGAGGUGCUGGACUGCAUCGGUCUGACUGAGCUGAGUUCUUUGCUGUCCAUGCACGGUUUCCAGAGCUUGGAGGACUUUGCAGGCCUGAAGGAGUCACACCUCAAUGAACUGAACAUCACUGACCCAGAACAACGCUCCAAGAUCCUGAACACCGCUGAACUCCUGCAAGACUCUGAAGAAGAUCCUGACACAGAAGAGGAUAACGGAUCUCAAGGGAAUUCCACACAGCCGAGGGACUCGGGCUGUUUUGAGAGUUCGGAGAAUCUAGAGAACGAACGUGAUGAGUCAAAGGUGGACGAAGAGGAGCAGCAUGAAGCUUCAGAAGAACACAUGAACCAGGAAUCACAGCAGCAAGAUGAAGAUUCAGAACCAGAGGAGGAGAACCAAACAGACCAGCUGGAAGACAUGCAGGAACAGCUAGGAAUUCACAGUGGAUGAAGGAUCUUGAGAUGUAAGCGGCAAAGUGCUGGAACGUUUCUGGUUCUCAGAGAACCUGUUAAGGUUGAACUUUAUGAAAGAAAACAGACUGACAGCAAGAAGCAUGAUGUGAGGUUCAAAUACGAACACCAGUAUUUUAAAAAAGGGGAAAAAAAUGACAAAGAAGGAAAAUAUUCAUCAGUCUGUCACGUUCAAGUCCAUUCUUCUGAAUAUUUUGUAACAACUGGCGUAUCAAGAAGUGGAACACAUUUUUGUUUUUGGUGUUGAUCAGGAUCUGGAUGUGGAUUCUGAAUCAUUUUUCUUGUUUACAGUAGAGGGCAGGGCAUUUCUCAAUACUUUCAUCAGUUUCUAAAAA